UCUUUCCUCCCUGGUCAACAUGAAUAUAUGAUCAAAGCCUUUUGUUGACCAAACAAGGGAGUUCUGCUUUCCCUGCUGUCCUCAGUUUUGCAGGAGACUGCUUGUCUGCUUCUGCCACGCCCUCCUCACCUAGGAUGACCACCUCCCCCUGCCAUCACCAUCGGAGAAAUCCUCACCUAGCAACUGCCUUGGUGCCACACUUGCCCUGAAGCCGGCAUGAGCCCUGGCUGCUCACCCUGCAGUCUCGCUCCCCUCACCCAUGUCAGACUGUGAUAGAGCGCUCACAAUGCUACUACAGGUGCCUUCCUUCACCGGGCUGCUGCUCCUAUGCCCUGCACAUGUCGAUGGACUAUGGAUCCUACCAGCAUCUACAGAAAGGACAGGUGGCUGGCAGAGCGGCAGGCUGAGCUGUGCCAGGCAGAGCCGGAAAUGAUGGCGAAGCUCUCCUGGGGCACAAGGCUGGGAGUCCUAGCCGAGCAGGUAUACAAAACUGAAGACCCUCCAGUUGGUGCAGCAAGAAAUCUAAAAGCCCCCGACAGCUGCCCACCAGGACUCAGAUCGGGUUCCUGUCACCCCUCACCCCUUCAAGAUAGGCGACAGCGUUUGGGUCCGGAGACAUCAGACAAAAACUUUGGAACCACGGUGAAAAGGUCCAUGCACUGUACUCCUGACCACCCCAACUGCUCUGAAGGUGGACGGAAUUGCUGCCUGGAUCCACGCAUCGCACGUCAAAGCAGCCCAGCUGGAGCACCUCAUCGACAAUCCGGAUCCAGGAUCACCAUGAAAGCUCCAGCACACCCAAAACCCACUAAAGAUAAGACUUGUCAGGGCUUAAUAUUGAUCACAACCCUGGCCCUCCUUGCCCUAGAUGCCAGGGUCGCGGGGAGCCCUCACAUACCAAAAAAAACUUACUUGAUACUGCCCCACAUUAUCUAUUAUGCCCCAGAGACUGUUAUGGACUUUUAUGAAGGCAGUUCCUGCUCCAAAAGGGAACCCAUUACGUUGACCUUGGCUAUGCUGCUGGGGGUAGGAGGGGUUGCUGCAGGAAUAGGAACAGGGGCUGCUGCACUGGUACAAGGCAACAAGCUGGCCUACCUUCAGGACAUCAUUAGUGCAGAUCUGCAGGCCCUUGAAAACUCCAUCUCCCUGUUAGAAAACUCUCUUACUUCCCUGUCUGAAGUGGUUCUACAAAACAGGAGGGGACUAGAUCUGCUGUUCCUUAAAGAAGGGGGCCUAUGUGCGGCCCUUAAGGAAAAAUGUUGUUUCUAUGCAGACCAUUCUGGAGUCAUCCGGGAUUCCAUGGCUAAGCUUAGGGAGUGUCUCAAACAGAGACGCAGAGAAUAUAAAACACAACAGGGCUGCAUUGCUGUUGACUUACUGGAAGAGGGAAGGAAUCAAGAUGACUCAGCAGAGGUGAAAAGACCAGAACUACCUGCUGAGAUGAAGCCAUCUACAGCAGUGGAUGAGAGCUCCUACACUGAAUAG